GAAAGGGCUUCGAGGGAGCCAAGGCCCCCUGAGCCCGUUGGCUACAAGCGCCUUGUGAAAGCGCAGAGGCGGCGGCGUGUCGGACUUCCCAGCCCUCGGGCGGGCUCCAGACCGCGAAGCGGCGGCCGAACCAGUGGAUUGGGGGCCCGCCCGCAGAGGCGGGGCUCAGUCCAGAACCCCGGCCUCCCCGGAAAGGAAAGGCCUGCCAGUUCCCCGGCGGCGUCCCGUGCAGCCUAACGCAGCCAGAGGGAGCGCGGGGCGCGCGGCACCCACAGCCGAGGGCAGGGGGCGCUGGGACGCGGCCCUUUCCUGGGGCUUCGGGUUCGAAGACUUCUUCCCCCAGAAGGAAGGCAGUCGUCUGAGAAGCCGAGGCGUCUUCCCGGAAACCGUGCACGGGACGCCCUCGGGAAGGACGAAGCUGGUAAUACACAUAAGUAGAGCUUGGAGCUCUGAAGCUGAAAUCUUCAAGGUUCCUUGAGCAACACUUUCCUAUCUGCUUCUGUCUCUGGUGGACCAGACGAAAGUAUGAAGUUCAUUGCCUUCCAGAGUCCCAAGAAAUAUCCUUGAAGACAUCUGCUUAGCAACUGGGAAUAGCUGGGGAGCCUGAGACCCAUUAAGUCUUUUUAGGUAUGGAUCACUUGGGGAAGAUCAUCUCUUUAGGCAAACUCAUCUACGACCAAUGUGAGGAGAUGAAAUACUGCCAGAAACAGUGCUGGCGUCUUGGGAACCGUGUCCAAGGCAUGCUGCAGCCUCUGCAAAUGCUCCAGGACCAAGGAGAGAGGAACCUGUCCCCUGAGAUAACCACCUCCCUGAGCCGUUUCCAGGCUGCCCUGGAGGAAGCUAAGGAGAAGAUAGAUAAGUUCAGCAAAAAAUCCAAUAUCCAGAAGUUUCUAAGAGCAGGCCAUGACAGAAUACUCUUCAGUGGAGUGAACAAGAGGCUGAGAGAUGUCUGGGAGGAGCUCUCACUGCUGCUUCAGGUGGAUCAAUGGAUGCAUAUUUCGAGGCUCAGCCCAGGAGUAUCCUGGCAUCAGGAGGACCAGCAGGAUGCAGAGGAAGACAAGCGAGUUAUCCAAGGACUGAGAAGAGAAAAUGCAGAUAUAGAAACUUUAUUGAAACAAUUGGAAAACACCAUGAGGGAAACCGCUGAAACCGUGAGGAGCUUGAUGCAGUCAGAUGCACACAAACCCAAGAAGGGGCUCCCAGAAGAGAAAAUCAAGGAGAUUAAGAAGGAGGAACUUCCAAAAGCUGAUUGGGUCCUGCUCAGGAGGAAUGAAUGCAGCACCCUUUAUGAGGGAAAAUACCACAAAUCUCCAGUGGCCAUAAAAGUCUUCAACAAAUCCCAGGCCAGCGACAUUGGACUAGUAAGGCGUACUUUCCACAAUGAAAUCAGAACCAUGAAGAAGUUUGAUUCUCCCAACAUCCUGCGUAUGUUUGGGAUUUACAUUGACGAAACAGUGACCCCCCCUCAGUUAUCCAUCGUCAUGGAGUACUGUGAGCUCGGGACCCUCAGAGAAGUGCUGGAUAAGGAAAAGGACCUCGCCCUCGCCCUGCGCAUCGUCCUGGUCCUGGGGGCAGCCAGAGGCUUGUACAGGCUGCACCAUUCAGAGACCCCCGCAGAACUCCAUAGAAACAUCAGCAGCACGAGCUUCCUGGUCACUAAAGACUACAAUGUGAAGCUUGCAGGAUUUGAGUUGAGCAAAACACAGACUUCUAUCAGCCGACACACGAGAGGAAAAGAAGCAGAGAAGGCCAGUUCUGCUGCGUACAUCUCACCUCAGAUACUGAAAAAUGUGUAUCAUAAAUAUGACAUAAAAGCUGAAAUAUACAGCUUUGGCAUCGUCCUCUGGGAAAUCGCCACUGGGAAGAUCCCCUUUGAAGGCUGUGGUUCCAAGGAGAUCCACCAGCUGGUGGUGGAGAACCAUCACCAGGAGCCCCUGGGUGAGGAUUGCCCUUCCCAGUUGCAGGAGGUCAUUGACGAUUGCCGGGCGUGGGACCCCUCCUGGAGGCCCUCUGUGGAAGAAAUCUUGGAGAGAUUGUCUCCCUUUUGUGAAGCCAUGUGUUGAAACUGAGUCCCUGAACAAGGAGCUGGAAGAGACACAAGCCAGAAAUCUUUUCUUUUUUUUUUUUUUUUGUCUUUUGUCUUUUUUAGGGAUGCAUCCAAGGC